ACCUAUUUUAGUUGACAAUGGAUAAUGCAACCGACAACUAUCCAAGUAGCUCCGUUUUACGUGCACUACAACAACUGCUUGAAAUAAAAUUUCCAUCACAAUCAUUCACUUACAAAUUGCUACCAGCUACUAAAAAAGGUGAAAAUUAUAUCGGAAUUGUGUAUCGUGUUGCUGUCAAAGUAAAUAAUAAAACGGGACCAUGUCAAUGGAGUCUAAUUCUUAAAAUACCACCACGAAGCCCCAAUAGACGUAAGCAAUUUUUCGUCAGACCUUGCUUUCUAAGGGAAUCACUGGCAUAUGAAGAGUUCUUACCCAUGGUAAAAGGUUUCCAAAACAGUAAAGGUAUUUCCAAAGAACACUCUUUUCAUGAGUACGCCGAAUGUUUUCAAUGCUUAACUGACGAAUUCGACGAAGCAAUAUUUUUAGAAGACUUAGGUCUGCAGGACUUCAGCCUGUUUGAUCGUUUCGAUGAAUUACGCUUUGAGCACGUUGCCACAGUAAUGCGCGCCUACGCGAAGUUGCAUGCGGUCUCUUUCGCUAUUAAAGACCAGGAUUAUUCUGGUGGUUUGGAAAAGUUUAGAAAAAUCCAAGAUAUUUUUGAACAACGUAAAGGCGACCCAAACUUAAACUACUAUUUUGAAGGAUUAAAGAGGAGUGCAGAGGCUUGUAUGAAAGCAGAGGACGUGAUGCCCAAAAAAGUCCUAAUACGAUUUUUUGAACGUCCGUUCUUCGAUAUUUUUCUCGACCUUAUUGACGGCAACAAAUGUGAGCCUUAUGCAGUAGUAUGCCAUGGAGACUGUUGGAACAAUAACAUAAUGUUUAAAUAUGAGGAUGCAAAACUCAUAUCCUUAUGCUUGUUAGAUUGGCAGCUUCUACGAUACUCAUCACCACUUACCGACUUGAUGUACUUCCUAUUUACCUGUACCUCAAAGGAAUUUCGCGGAUUAUAUUACAACGAUGUUCUAAAUGUUUACUACGCGGAAUUGGUUUUGCACAUUAACAGGCUGGGAUCGAAUCCGUCCAAAUUAUUUUCACGAGAAAUAUUCGAAAAAGAGCUACAUAGAAUAGGAGCAGUGGGUCUUAUAUUUGCAAUGAUUGUGCUCCCAAUCAUUACAAUUAAAGGUGAUGACGUACCGAAUUUAGAGGAACUUAGUGAACAAGUUGAAAAAGGCAAAUCAAGAGAUCUAAAAGAGUCUGGCCUUCUUUCUGAGGCGAAUGUGGCUACAUACGGUAAACGAAUGCGCGAUGUUGUAAUUGAUUGUAUUAAUUUUGGAUACAUAAAAUAAAAUUGCUAAUAAAUAAAAUACAUAUAUAAUUUG